CCGCGCCACGAAAGUCUGCGGAAUCAGAGGCGAAAAUGGAAUUAUGAGUCUCAGAAAUAAGGUGCUGACAGAACCACGUACGACCAGGAUCAGAAACCAUUAGCUAAUGUAGUGGAACGUAGAGGUGCAGAUUCCACCGAAAAGCGGAACGAUGUAAACGGACGUGUGACGUUUCUGCCCGGAUUUGGAGAGCCGCUUCCGUUGCUCAGCGGAAGUGUCGGUGGCAAGAACAGCCUGGGAAGAAUCCGCUCACCGCCGUUUUGAACAGCCGGAAUCAUGUCGAGUUUGGCGGUGAGAGACCCGGCAAUGGAUCGAUCACUGCGUUCCGUGUUCGUGGGGAACAUUCCGUAUGAGGCGACUGAGGAGCAGUUAAAGGACAUUUUUUCGGAGGUUGGUUCUGUUGUCAGUUUCCGGCUGGUAUACGACAGAGAGACGGGAAAACCCAAGGGUUAUGGUUUCUGCGAGUACCAAGACCAGGAGACCGCGCUUAGUGCCAUGCGGAACUUGAAUGGGCGGGAGUUCAGCGGGAGAGCGCUUCGGGUGGACAAUGCUGCCAGUGAAAAGAACAAGGAGGAGUUAAAGAGCCUAGGGCCUGCUGCGCCCAUCAUUGACUCCCCGUAUGGGGAUCCCAUCGAUCCAGAAGAUGCUCCUGAAUCAAUUACCAGAGCAGUCGCUAGUCUCCCUCCGGAGCAGAUGUUUGAGCUGAUGAAGCAGAUGAAGCUCUGUGUCCAAAACAGUCACCAGGAAGCUCGAAACAUGUUACUUCAAAACCCUCAACUGGCUUAUGCGCUGUUGCAGGCACAAGUUGUGAUGAGAAUCAUGGAUCCAGAGAUUGCUCUAAAAAUUCUUCAUCGCAAGAUACAUGUCACACCACUGAUCCCAGGCAAAUCUCAGUCUGUGUCUGGUCCCGUCUCUGGCCCUGGCCCUGGCCCUGGACUCUGCCCAGGACCCAAUGUUUUGCUGAACCAGCAGACUCCUCCAGCACCUCAGCCUCAGCAUUUGGCUAGAAGACCUGUGAAAGAUAUUCCUCCUCUGAUGCAGACCCCUAUCCAGGGUGGAAUUCCAGCCCCCGGGCCAAUACCAGCUGCAGUUCCUGGACCUGGUCCUGGUUCCUUAACUCCUGGUGGAGCAAUGCAGCCUCAAGUUGGAAUGCCAGGGGUUGGCCCAGUGCCUUUAGAGCGGGGACAGGUGCAGAUGUCAGAUCCUAGAGCUCCUAUGCCUCGUGGACCCAUGACUGCUGGUGGCCUGCCUCCUAGAGGACUGUUAGGAGAUGCUCCAAAUGACCCACGUGGAGGGACUUUGCUUUCAGUCACUGGAGAAGUUGAGCCCAGGGGCUAUCUUGGGCCACCACAUCAGGGUCCACCCAUGCACCAUGCCCCUGGUCAUGACAGCCGUGGCCCUUCCUCACAUGAGAUGAGGGGAGGGCCAUUAGCCGAUCCCAGACUGCUAAUUGGAGAGCCCAGAGGACCCAUGAUAGAUCAAAGGGGUCUACCUAUGGAUGGCAGAGGUGGUAGAGAUUCUCGAGGGAUGGAGACCCGAGCCAUGGAAACUGAGGUCUUAGAGACACGAGUGAUGGAGAGAAGAGGAAUGGAGACCUGUGCAAUGGAAACCAGAGGGAUGGAAGCAAGAGGCAUGGAUGCAAGAGGAAUGGAGAUACGAGGCCCUGGCCCCAGUUCGAGAGGCCCUAUGAACAGUGGAAUCCAGGGUCCUGUUCCCAUUAAUUUGGGGGCAGGUGGUCCUCAGGGACCCAGGCAGGUCCCAAGCAUUUCAGGGGUGGGAAAUCCUGGAUCUGGUAUGCAGGGGGGAGGCAUACAAGGAGCAGGCAUGCAGGGGGCAGGCAUGCAGGGAGCAGGUAUACAGGGAGCUGGCAUACAAGGAGCAGGCAUGCAAGGAACAGGCAUGCAAGGAGCAGGCAUACAAGGAGCGGGCAUACAAGGAGUGGGCAUGCAGGGGGCAGGCAUACAAGCAACAGGCAUACAGGGGUCUGGCAAGCAAGGUGGAGGUCAGCCUAGCAGUUUUAGUCCUGGGCAGAGCCAAGUAACUCCACAGGAUCAAGAAAAGGCAGCUUUGAUCAUGCAAGUUCUUCAACUGACUGCAGAUCAAAUUGCCAUGCUGCCUCCUGAGCAAAGGCAGAGUAUCCUGAUUUUAAAGGAACAAAUCCAGAAAUCUACUGGAGCUUCUUGAAAGGUUUAAAAAAUGCUUGGCAGUAUCCCAGAAAGUUUUUGGUUUUUUUGUUGUUGUCGUUUGUUGUUGUUGCAUGGAGAAUGGCUGCAAAAAGCUAACUUCUGCAUCCCCUGUACUUGAAUGAUUAGGAUUUCCCUCCUGCCAGAACUAAUCUCAUUUCUUUUUGUUGUCUUUUUUUUCUGUUUUCCUUUUUAUUUUUAAUGGGGGCGGGGGGGGCGCUAGGAGUAAGAGGGAGUGGUCUGUUCACUUUAAUUCACUAUAAAUACACAAAAAAUAAUUCUGAAAAUAAUUAUAUUAUGCCAAAUAAGAUUACAAAGAAUAUGCAGCAAUAUUAAAAGUGUCUGCAAUAUGUUUACUACAUUUUU